CUGCAACACCAGUGAAGUGCCAUUUGGAGUAAAAGAUGGAAGGGUAAAGGAUUCUCAGAUGUCAUCGUCACAUGAAAAAAAUCGAUUUUCCGCAUCAAAAGGAAGAUUAAACGGUGCAGCUUCUUGGCGUCGCGACGAUGACAAUCAGAACCAAUGGCUCCAAGUCGAUCUUGGCAAAAACAAACUUGUUACAGCGAUUGCCACUCAAGGUUCUAGUAAUAGUUGGGUGAAGACUUUUUCGAUCUCUUACGGUGUGGAUAAAGAAAACCUCACUUCAUACAAAAUUAAUGCAACUCAGAAGGUAUUCGCUGGAAAUGAUGACAAGAAUUCUGUCGUGACAAAUCUCUUAUAUCCAACAAUAAAUGCGCGUUAUAUUCGCAUACACCCAGUGUCUUGGUUUGAUCACAUAUCCUUGAGAAUCGAAGUUAUUGGUUGCUACACAGGUUCUUGCAAUACCAGCAAGGUUCCACUUGGAGCGGAGGAUGGAAGAAUAAAGAAUUCUCAGAUGUCAUCAUCAACUGAAAAAAAUGGAUUUUCCGCAUCAAAAGGGAGAUUAAACGGUGCAGCUUCUUGGCGUCCUGACGAUGACGAUCAGAACCAAUGGCUCCAAGUCGAUCUUGGCAAAAAAAAACUUGUUACAGCGAUUGCCACUCAAGGUUUUGGUUCUAAUCGUUAUUGGGUGAAGACGUAUUCGAUCUCUUACGGUGUGGAUAAAGAAAACCUCACUUCAUACAAAAUUAAUGCAACUCAGAAGGUAUUCGCUGGAAAUGAUGACAAGAAUUCUGUCGUGACAAAUCUCUUAUAUCCAACAAUAAAUGCGCGUUAUAUUCGCAUACACCCAGUGUCUUGGUUUGAUCACAUAUCCUUGAGAAUCGAAGUUAUUGGUUGCUACACAGGUUCUUGCAAUACCAGCAAGGUUCCACUUGGAGCGGAGGAUGGAAGAAUAAAGAAUUCUCAGAUGUCAUCAUCAACUGAAAAAAAUGGAUUUUCCGCAUCAAAAGGGAGAUUAAACGGUGCAGCUUCUUGGCGUCCUGACGAUGACGAUCAGAACCAAUGGCUCCAAGUCGAUCUUGGCAAAAAAAAACUUGUUACAGCGAUUGCCACUCAAGGUUUUGGUUCUAAUCGUUAUUGGGUGAAGACGUAUUCGAUCUCUUACGGUGUGGAUAAAGAAAACCUCACUUCAUACAAAAUUAAUGCAACUCAGAAGGUGUUCGAUGGAAAUACGGACGAAAAUUCUGUUGUGACAAAUGUCUUAUCACCAGCUGUAACAGCUCGUUAUAUCCGCAUACACCCGAAGACAUGGAACAACCACAUUUCUUUGAGAGUGGAACUUUAUGGUUGUGAAAGAGUCAAUGCAAUUCCUUGCAAAGCUGGUGAAAAGACACUUGGCGUGGAAGAUAAGAAUAAAGUUAAAGAUUCGCAAUUGACUUCUUCGAGUUAUUGGAAAAAUUACUAUGCAGCUCGUGGACGAUUGUACAACAAAGAUAUAGGAUGGAUAGCUGGAGUAAACGACCAGAAUCCGUGGAUACAGGUUGAUCUUGGAAAGAAGGAAGUUGUCUCAGGGAUUGCCACUCAGGGAGGAAGUUAUUAUUAUAAUAAAUCUUAUCGUUAUCGUUGGGUGAAGACCUAUUCCGUGAAGUAUAGUUUGAAUGAAACAACAUUCGAGUCUUACAAAGAUGAGGGUGAUGAUAAGGUGAGAAUUAUUGCACUACAGGGCGUGUAA